AUGACUGCAGACAAUGCGACGAGGAGCAGAAAUUCGCACAACUGCAAUAACGGUGAUGCACUUUUCGUUUACUUACGCACAGAGAUCCAACGACGUCCUAGAGACCGAAUACUGAUCGACAAAUCUGCAGCAGGAUCGCCGAAAACUCUGCACAAACGGAUCUGCGGACAAUCUGCCGCCACUGCGCGUACCGUCGAUAUGAACGAAGUGGCCGCCGACCGCGCGUGA